AUGUCUAACACGCCUCCUCCUCCUCCACCUUCACCUUGGAAUUUCAGUGCCAUGGCAGGAAACGUCGUGCAGUUCCUCCGACUACCCCUACUUGCAUCUUCUGGCAUUGCAGCUGUUGCAAGCGGGAUGCUCUACUUCAAACAAAAUGACCUUAUCUAUCCACGCAACUUCCCCCCGGGGUCACGUACCGAUGUCCCCAAACCCUCGGAGUUCGGAAUGACAGACUAUGACGACCUGCGUAUUCCGACGCCGGAUGGCGAGAUACUUUCUGCAUUAUACAUCCGGCCGACAAACAAGACUGCCAAACCAAAAGUUACAAUGCUCGUUUUUCACGGAAAUGCUGGAAAUAUCGGCCAGCGGUGUCCUAUUGCACGGGUCUUCGGAGAGCUUUUAAACUGUAAUAUUCUAUUGCUCGAAUACCGCGGAUAUGGAUUGUCGACAGGAAACCCGGACGAGGGCGGGCUGAAAAUAGAUGCGCAAACUGGCCUGGAUUAUUUACGGCAAUUGCCAGAAACAAAAGGCACGAAGUUUUUGAUAUACGGGCAGAGCCUAGGUGGAGCUGUCGCAAUCAACCUUGUUGCCAAAAAUCAGGAACACGGUGAUAUUGCCGGAUUAAUCGUGGAGAAUACGUUCCUAAGCAUACGAAAGUUGAUUCCAAGUGUCUUUCCGGCCGCGAAAUACGUGACUCGGCUUUGUCACCAGCAGUGGCCUAGCGAAGAGGUACUACCCAAAAUCACGAGUGUGCCAAUUCUAUUUCUCAGUGGGCUCAAAGAUGAAAUCAUUCCUGCCUCUCACAUGCUCCAGCUCUACAAAGUUUGUCAAGCUAAAAAGAAGGUCUGGCGAACUUUCCCGAAUGGCUCUCACAAUGAUACUGUCACUGAACCAGGGUACUUCGAGCAUAUGCACUCUUUUGUCGUCGACGAAGUUUUAGACUAG